CCCCCUCACGCCUCAGGACUUUCCUCCGGUGCCGCUGUGAGUCUGUGAGUCUGUGUGAGCUAAUGGUGCGGCAACAACUCACGACAAGACGCCGGGCUGUGAACGUACACUCGUCACUGGAUGAGUCAGGGGAGUCUGAACCGUGACGGGGGAACACGGGGAUAGCUCGCUACAGAAACAUAGACACGGGGAUAGCUCGCUACAGAAACAUAGACACGGGGGAUAGCUCACCACAGAAACAUAGACACGGGGGAUAGCUCACCACAGAAACCCUUCUCUCUUCUGUGUGUUGGAAUAACAUCGUGCCUUGUGCUUAAGCCUCUGGUAUAGAGUGUUAUAUCCAGAGUUAUCGUUCAUCGUGCUUUGGAGUAAGAGUCUUGAAGACCUGGCACCAAGAAACCGUGUGACAGGUCACCACAUAGACCCACACAAACACCUACACAUAGACCCACACAAACCAGGCGUGUGUAGAUGAUGGAGCUAUGACAUGCAGGAACCCCCGAGGUACAUUCUGAGAGGAGACAAGAGCUGGGAGAUGAAGACCUUGUUGGUUGCGAGACGGAGAUUGUGAGAGAAAGAGACUGUGUACAUAGUGAGAGAUUGUGAGAGAAAGAGACUGUGUACAUAGUGAGAGACUGUGAGAGAAAGAGACUGUGUACAUAGUGAGAGACUGUGAGAGAAAGAGACUGUGUACAUAGUGAGAGACUGUGAGAAGCGCUGAGUGAACUGGAUAUACCUUCUCCACACACAACAUUAGAUCUAUAUCUAGUGCGUCGACUCAUCACCACAACACUGGAACAAGAUGAGCCACACAAAGGCCUUGUUUGUACUGAUGACGUUGUGCUGGUCACUCUCCCCGUCCCUGUCCACCGAGCCUCAGUACGAGUGUCCAGCCCCGUGUAAGUGUGUGCAGGAGAAACGGCAGGGCCUGGGCCAGGUCUACACCGUCAGAUGUUCCGACCUUGACCUGACCCAAGUCCCUGACCUGUCCAGUUUGGAGGCCGUCCCUCUGCCCAAGUACGUCAACCUGGCGUCCAACGACAUCCUGUCUGUCUCCAACGCCGACUUCCGGCCAGAUCUGAACAUCGCGUCCUUGGACCUGAGCCAGAACAAGGAGGUUCAGAUUGACGCAGACGCCUUCUUGAGCAUGGCCACCACACUGAGGCAGCUGCUACUGGAGGAUGUGGGGCUGACCUUCCAGAAACCUCUGGAGAUGUUGGAGCAGCUGGAGAACCUGGAGCUCCUCUCUCUCAGCAACAACAACCGGAAGGGCUACGUGCCGGGGGCUCAGGAUCACGUGACCGCCAGGCUACUCACGGGCCGCGUGGGCCGGAAGUUGAAGCAGCUGCGGAUGGCUCACUGCGGGAUCCGCUCCCUGGCCUCGGCCUCGCUCGACUCACUCACGGAGCUGGAGGUCAUUGACUUGUCCAACAACUGGUUCACGAAAGUUCCCGACGCCGUCAAACGUCUGAGGUCUUUGACGGACUUCCAUUUGUCGCAUUGUAACAUCAAGGAGCUGCAGGAUCUAGAGUUGAACAACCUGAAACAUGUGAAGAAUUUAGACCUGAGCUCCAACAGUAUAGAAACCAUCAUGAUCGACGCUUUCCGGGGCACGGAGAACUCCCUGAAGACGUUAAACCUGGAGAGAUGUGGACUUGAAGAAAUUCCGUCUUUGGCGAUCAGAAACUUGGAGAAACUGGAGCGUCUCGAUCUGUCACAGAACAGUUUCAAAAGCGCGCCCGCCAACUCGUUUACGGGGAAAUAUUGUUUAAAAACUUUGCUCAUCGGCUCUGUUGGUCUCAAGUUUGAGGCUCGCACAUUCAGUGGUCAGAAGGACUGUAUCGAGGAACUGACCAUCAAACAUAUGGGGCUGACCGCCGUCCCCCUCAACGCCCUGAAGUCUCUGAACCAGUUGGCCAACAUCGUCCUUGAUCACAACGCCAUCUCCACUCUCCCCAAGAACGCGUUCAGUGGAAUCAAAGCCCACAUCAUCAGCCUGGCCAACAACCCUCUCUCGCACAUCGAGGAAGGAGCCUUCUCUGGGUUACCUCCAAACCUGAACCUCAACCUGAGGCGCACGGAGAUAUCCCAGAUAGAUUUCCUCACCGGAUAUCCGGAAGACGCCAUCAAAACUGUGAACCUGGACUACGCCAACAUCGAGUGCCGCUGCUCCAUGCAGGACUCGCUCAACGUCACCUUCGUCGUGGAGGUUUACGGAACUUGCCGGAAAGGCCCGAGGGUGGUGUCGCUGAGCAGCAGUCGACUUCCGGGCAUGUUGGAGGAGGCGUGUGAGGAAGAGAGAGCGGCAAACUGGGCGUGGAGGGCAGGGGGUCAAGGACAUUUCGUCUGUCUGUCUGUCAUCGUGACGUGUCUGUGGGCGCUGUUCCCGCCGUGGUCGUUGGACGUAGACUGACGUAGAUACGUGUGUGUCACGUCUUGAUGAACUCUGGUUGUGUUGUGUGUUUGUCUGUGUGUCUGUCAUCGUGGCGUGUCUGUGGGGGCUAUUCCCAGCCGUGGUCUCUGGACGUAGACUGACGUAGAGAGUUGACAUUGUGUGUGGGGAUGACGUAGAUAGAUGUGAGGUGUGGGGAGCUGAUGAAGAAAGGUGUGUGGAGUUGAUGAAGAAAGGUGUGUGGAGCUGAUGAUGUGUUCCCACAUAGAUUCUGAUGUCGUCACAACUUAGUGAACUCUGGUUGUGUUGGGUGUUUGUGUGUGUGUGUGUGUGUGUGUGUGUGUGUGUGUGUGUGUGUGUGUGUGUGAGUGUGUGAGUG